AUGCAUUUCCCGUCUCUCUUGGUCCCGGCCCUUGCGGCCUUGACAGCAGCGCAGAGCACCACCGUCAUCAGUAUUUUCGAGGCCUUUAUCGAAAAUCCUUAUAUCCCUGUCACGUACUCAACAUACGCCAGCCUUGGUGGCAGUGUCGUUGCCAUCAAUGCGGAAGCAACCACUUACAAGGUCGCCUGUAUGAGCGGCGCGCCCAAGUCGGAUUGCAACGUUCGCGAGCCUUACACCAUCGUCGCUGGGCCGACCACAAUCAGCUUUGCCCAGACUUUCCCGUUUGAUAUCUACGGUGUUAGUGGGACCGCCAACGAGGAUAUCGCAUGCUCGUUCACCCACUCUACCGAAUCCGCUCAGUGCAUCGCAACCGUCGCUAUCACCUCCGGCGACGUGUCUACGUCAACUACUAGCACCAUAUCUGUCCCGACCGAUGACAUCUCCUAUAAACCGAUCACUAUCACUGGAGGCCUCUCUCUGUUCAACUCCCCUCAGGCAACUGAGACCCCCGAUGCCGCUGCUGGCCCCCACAGAGCUCUGGUCACUGCUGCUCCGCUGGGUGCUGCCGCUGCCAUCGCUGCUGCCGCUUUCUUCUAA